AUGUGCAUAGCAGCUUUUAUUUGGCAAGCUCAUCCACUCUAUCCUCUGCUUCUCCUGCAAAACAGAGAUGAGUAUCACAAAAGGCCCACAGAGGCAGUAGGAUGGUGGGAUGGCUGUGAAAUACUGGGAGGAAGAGAUGCCGUAGCAGGAGGAACAUGGCUGGCUUGUUCAAGAACAGGAAGAGUGGCUUUCCUUACAAAUGUGCUCGAGCUCCAUACAGUCCCUGAGGCAAAGAGUCGGGGGGAACUUCCUGUUCUUUUCUUGGAGAGCACAAAGACUCCAAAGGAAUUUGCAGAGGGACUGGUGAAAGAUGCCCGUCAGUACAAUGGGUUCAACCUGAUCUUAGCUGACAUUUCAUCGAAAAGCAUGGUCUAUCUCUCUAACAGGCCCAAAGGUGAACCUGUUGUCAUUCAAGAGGUUUCUCCUGGCCUUCACGUGCUUUCAAAUGCAAAGCUGGACUCCCCCUGGCACAAGGUACAGCGCCUGGGACUGAAUUUUAAGGAUCUGCUUGACAAAUAUGGUGAUAGUGAAAUACCAGUGAAAGAGGUGCUGGAAAAACUAAUGAGGGACAGAGUUAAGGCUGAUAAAAGCAGGUUGCCGGGUAUUUGCUCUAUUGAUUGGGAAUUCAAUCUAAGCUCCAUAUUUGUUGAAAUAGACACCCCACUGGGAUUUUAUGGCACAAGGAGCACUGCUGCAUUGACCAUAAGAGCAAGUGGAGAAGUAAGCUUUUAUGAAAUUUAUCUGGAAAAGAACGUCUGGAAAGAACGCACUGUGAACUAUCACAUUCAAAAGCUGAAUUAG